AUGCAUAAAACAUCAUUUAAUAUCUCAUACAUCACAUUUGAAGUCAUAAACAAUGAAGUAAGAAUUGAAAUUCAAGAAGAAUCAAACAAACCAAUUGGAUUUCAAUAUCCAACAUAUUUCAUUACACAAUAUUCUGAUUCCAUCAUCAUUCCUCAUGGCGAAGGAAUGGUUAUUCCUGCAAACCAGAAUUUAGAUUUGAAUCUUUUCAUGUCAGGAGCAACAGGACAUGGUGUUUGCAUGUCAUUCUAUGCAGCAGCGAGAUAUGAAAACGAGAAUAUUGGUAAAGAAGGAUAUAUUGUUAUAAUUGAAACUCCUGAUGACGUAUCAGUACAAAUGACAAAAGAAAAUCAAUGCCAAUAUCAUAUUGUUUAUCCAUACUGGCAUUCACAGAAGGAAUUGUUUGGAUACAACAGAAAACUAAGAAUGGUUUUCUUCCCAGAUGGAGGACACGUGAAAGCAGCAAAGAUUUAUAGAGAUUAUUCAAUAGAAACAGGAAAACUUGUCACUUUUGAACAAAAAGCAGCGAAAUAUCCUGCAUUAAAAGAAACAUAUAAAAUGAUGCAAGGUGCUCCAAAUAUAUGGAUAUGGUAUGAUUAUCAAAGGAUCUAUGAUGAAAUAAAAAAUGUCUAUAAAUGGACAAAUAUUUUAGCAUCAGAAACUGAUGGAACAACUGUUGAUUGGGCAAAAAGAAAUGGUAUUGUUCCUUCAAGAUAUGAUAUUUAUCAAGAUGCUGUUGAUCCAGCACUUAAAUCACAAUUUGAUUGGAAUAGAGAUUGGGUUGAUGAUGCUUAUGCAAAUGACGAACUUGUUUUGAAUAAAGAUGGAACAAGAAGACAAGGAUGGGGCGUUUAUCCAAAGAAUGGAGGAAAUAUGAUUUAUGCUGGAGUUGUUUCUGAUAAAUAUUGGCCAAAAUAUAUGAAGAAAAAGAUAAAUAAUGAAAUGACAAAUGGAAUUAAAAGACUGUCUAGGUUUAUUGAUACAGCAACAGCAAGUGAUUGGUAUGAAGAUUAUCAUGCAAAUCAUCCUUCAAAUAGAUCUUUGUCUAAACAUCAAAGAUAUGUAACAUUAAAUACUUUACAUGAAGAUUAUGGAUUAAUUGUUGGAAGUGAAACUGGUCAUGAUAUGGCUGUUGGCGCUUGUGAUUAUUUCGAAGGAAUGAUGUCGUUGCCAAUGUUUAGAACAAAUGAUCCAGGAAGAAACAUGGAAAAUAUUGUUUAUAAUCCAGAAGAAAGAGCUGUAAAAUAUCAAGUUGGUGAGAGAUACAGAGUUCCUUUGUGGAAAUUAGUUUAUCAUGAUUGCGUAAUUGCUUAUUGGUAUUGGGGUGACUACAACAAUAAGAUGCCAACAUUAUAG